CGGGGGGGCUGCCUGCAUUUCCUUUGCACACACGUGUCUGCGCGCGCGUUGUGUGUAUGGUGCGCUUCCACUCCAAAGCGCAAUUCCUAUGGGCCGCAGCUGCUCUGGAAAAGCGAGCGACCCAAACCUGAGAUCUCAGAAGCUCUAACCAGCAUGAAGGGCGGCCUUCCCCGCCGUGGCGGCUUCCAGAAUUAAGGGUCUGGCACUGCGAAGAAAGAAGAAAAAUGGAUCCACUCUUUAGAGAGGAGAGGGCUUAGCUCAGAGUUCGUCCAAACAUGUUCAGCCGCUCAGGAUACCAAGCCCUGCCGCUGAGUGAUGUUGAAAGAUGUCAGUCCUCUCGGUCCAGUUUCUUCUCAUCGGGAGCCACGCAGGACUCACUGAAGCAGGUGCUGAAAGAAACAGACACACCCCAAGGAUGCUUAUCGUGUAUUUGCCAUGGGCUGGUCACAACUCUCGUGUUCCUGUUCACGAUCCUCUUUUUCCCCAUCUCUGGCUGGUUUGUUCUGAAGGUCAUUCCGGCAUAUGAGCGAGCGAUUGUGUUCCGCUUGGGUCGGAUCCGAGCCCCGCAAGGACCGGGGAUGGUUCUGCUCCUGCCUUUCAUCGAUCACUGGCAGACAGUGGACCUGCGGACACGGGCCUUCAGCGUUCCGCCAUGUAAGCUAACGUCCCGCGACGGAGCACUGGUGUCUGUCGGAGCAGACGUCCAGUUCCGAAUUUGGGAUCCGGCGCUUUCGGUCAUGAUGGUGAAAGAUCUCAACGUGGCCACACGGAUGACUGCACAGAACAUCAUGACGAAGGUCUUGCUGAAGAAGUACCUGCGGGAGAUUCAGACCGAGAAGCUGCGGAUCGCAGAGCAGCUCCUGCUGGAAAUCAAUGACACAACCAGAUCUUGGGGCCUCGAGGUGGACAGGGUAGAACUGAUCCUGGAGGGUGUAUUCCAGACAUCCCAGGAGAAUGCAACACGACCACUCAGCUCAGCGCCCCUGAUCCCUGGACUGGAUAGCACCUUUCAGCAGCUGGCUCUUCAUUUCUUCAGCAGCACUGCAGCGCUGGGAGCCACCCAUCCAAAAGGAGGUUCAGAGACCGGCGCACAGAUGGAGAUCGAGAACGAGGUGGCGCAGACGGCCCUCCCCUUGGGCACCUCGCCCAGCAACAGUGGGGAGCGGAGGAAGCUCGAUGCCACGGAGGUCCUACGAAUUGUGCAGCCGUUCUUGUCUGAAUCCUUAGUGAACCAGGUCAGAGCUUGCUACCAGAUCGACGUGCUGCUGCCCGGCGGCACCAAGAGCCCUUACUUCAUCGAUCUCUCUGCAGGCUGCGGGAGAGCAGGUCCCGGACCCCCAGACCGCCGUCCUGACGUGGUGUUGGAGAUGGCCGAGAGCGACCUGGAGGCCUUUGUCCUGGGCAAACUCCAUCCUCUGAGUGCCUACGUCUGUGGGUGGAUGCGGGUGCAAGGAGAUCUGAAUGUCGCCCUGAAGCUGGAAGAGCUCCUGAAGGCCAUGAAGCAAGGAAGAUGAACGGAUUCCGUAUGGAAAUGUCAGCCGGUUCGGAAUGCCACAACCAGGUGGUUGGAGGGCCAGUUGCGGAGAACCUGCGACACCCAGCUUGCGGCAACCACACCGGCUCCCCCUCGGUGUCCUUGGCACCUCUGAAAGACCCUGGGCAAACAACGAGGGGAGCCAACCUGCACGGGCCUGCCCGCACCUUGAGAUCUUUCAGAGGUCCUUCUAUCAGGACACAAGGAAAAACCUAAUCAGUGACGGCCCCCACAGGCCAGUGACACUCCUUUCCUGGAGAGAUGAAGGCUUUUAAAAACAAAUUCGGCUGCUUCUGGCCUGUCGAGUUGAUGCCUUUAAAAAGGGGACGGGUUGCUCUUGAGCACCAGGCCAGUGCCCCAGCCUGAGGGAGGAGGAGCAGGAGGUGCCCCCCAAAAGCGGCGAAAGCCCGUUCUUGUAGCCAAAGGGCUGCUGUGAUUUGUGAGGUGGAGUAUAUAUUUGCCCGGGCUGGAAACAAGUCACAUCCCUCCGGGAUCCCAGGGAGUCUGUCCAGCCCACCUGAAGACCGCAGGACUUUCUUCCAGCUUGUUUUCAGCAUCUUUGAUCAGCAAGUAGCUUCCACACUCGACAUGUUUGUGCUUGUACCGUAACUUACUCUUGUGGUUGGUAGGGUAUGUUGCUAUGAUCCCUCGAUGUGAGGCGGCUUAUCCAUUCUGCGAGGGCAACAGGAAAACAAUGCAUUGCAUACACAGAAAGCCAACCGAUCUCAAGGGCGAGGCCUUCCAAUUCAGCGUUUUUGCUGGUGACUCAGAAAAAAACAUUUCCUGCAGUGAGAGAGAUGCACUGCUCGAUCCUUAAGAUGGCUCAGUACGGGUUCGCUGGCAUCGUCAGCCCAAGAGAAGCCAAGAAGGAUGAGCUCCUCGGUUGUUUUCAUUUCACUCGUUUCUUCAUCCCUUUGUUCAUACUCAGUAAUAAGCAGCCAAGUCGCAACCACCGUCCUCCAAGAAAUUAAGGGGUGUUCCAAGUU